CCUUAAGGCAGCACAUGCUAACCCGUUAAAACUCAUUCAUCAUGAACUGUAUCAGGCAGGCUAGUCGUUAGCUUUACGCACUAAACAGUGACAUGUGUCUGUCCUAACGUGACUAAUACAGCCGUAUCUGUUUAGCCGUAAUACCAGCUGAUUAAUAUUUCUAAACUGAGCGACACUUUCCUGUCUGGUGUACUGAAAACCAACGUUAACGUGUCGUGUUAUGGGAGAUGCACGGAGGUCAGACGAGCUGUGGGCUGUCGACUCAACAGUAAAGUAGAAACGUUAGUGUCCCUCUGCAGCUUUGACAGCUGGUUGUUGAUAUUGUAGCAGUGAUCAAACUAAAAUUGAAUCAUGCCUGGGAAACUUAAGGUAAAAAUUGUGGCAGGGCGCCACUUGCCUGUGAUGGACAGAGCCAGUGACCUUACUGAUGCUUUUGUAGAGGUUAAGUUUGGAAACACAACUUUCAAAACCGAUGUUUUUCCCAAAUCCCUCAAUCCACAGUGGAACUCAGAAUGGUUCAAAUUUGAGGUUGAUGAUGAGGACCUGCAGGAUGAACCAUUGCAGGUCACAGUGUUGGACCACGACACUUACAGUGCUAACGAUGCCAUAGGGAAAGUUUACAUUGACAUUGACCCGCUGCUGUGCAGUGAGGCUGCCUCUGUCAUUUCUGGCUGGUUUCCCAUCUAUGAUACCAUCCAUGGUAUUCGAGGGGAGAUCAAUGUCCUAGUCAAAGUGGAACUUUUCAACGAUUUGAACCGCUUCAGACAGUCCUCCUGUGGGGUCAAGUUCUUCUGCACCACAUCCAUUCCACGUUGCUACAGGGCAGCGAUGGUGCACGGGUUUGUGGAGGAACUUGUGGUGAAUGAAGAUCCAGAGUACCAGUGGAUCGACAGAAUAAGAAGUCCUCGGGCCUCCAAUGAGGCCCGUCAGAGGCUCAUCUCUCUCAUGUCUGGAGAGCUGCAGAGGAAAAUAGGGCUUAAGGUACUGGAGAUGGGUGGGAAUGCUGUGGUGGGCUACUUGCAGUGUUUUGACCUGGAGGGAGAGUCGGGCCUGGUGGUCCGGGCCAUAGGUACUGCCUGCACACUGGACAAACUCAGCUCUGGAAGCGCUCCCAACACCAACACACAUAUGCACCCUAACACAGCGCCUGCUUCCAAUGCCUGCAAUUCCCCUUCUAAGGAUGGAAAAGAGCCGGUAUUUGGUGAGGACAUGACCUCGUCCUCCGGCCCGCCAACCCCUUUCAGAGCCCUUCCCACCACCUCCUCCUCUCCUCCCCCCUUCUCUCCCUCCAAGCCAUGCAGCCGCCAGUCCUCAUCAUCAGACACAGACCUCAGUUUGACGCCCAAGACGGUGGAUACAGUGAGAAGCAGACCUGGGAUCUUCCUCUGCCCCAUCUUUCCCUCCCUCUCCACAGACACACUGUCCCUUUCUGGCUCUGGCUCAGUGGGCUGUGGUCAUGGCUCUGCCCCUAGAGCCACCACCCCGCCCCCUCCCUCCUCCAUCCCCUCAGACACUGUCUUGCUGAGAAAGAGCGUGUCCUUCACUGAGGACCUGCUGCUGGCAGCCUCCGGAAUGGGCAGUGGGGGCAGCGCCGGGAAGGAGGCAGGGCCUCUGAAGACCCUGCUCAGACAGCAGACGCAGACCGCUCUUGAGCAGAGGGGAGCGUCCUCCUCUGGGUUAUUGUUAAACGCCAGGGAGUUCCCCUUCUUCACCUUGACGUCUUUCCCACCUGGUUUUCUGCUUCAUGUUGGUGGAGUGGUCAGCGCCCGCUCUGUCAAACUACUAGACCGCAUACACAACCCUGCCUUGGGUAACACACGCUCAUACAAACUGCUAGACUGGAAUAGUGUCACUGCAGGUAUUUCCCCCCUUUUACUGCUCUCACCCACAGGAGUGAUGGCAGCUCAAUGAAGUUAAUCCUGUGCUCUCUUAGCAUGCACCCAACACUGAAAUUAAACCAA